UCCAAGAAGCCCAUUGUACAUCGAAAGGCAUAACAAAGCCCAUGACAAUUUUGUUAUCUCAAAAAAAGAAAAAGAAAAUUGAAGAUAAGGCAGCGGAAACCCCUGAAUAAGGAUAACAAGAUCGAAGGCAGGCAGCAGGGAGCGAGAAAUCAAGGGGAAGAAAUGGCGUCCUGCUUUUCAGUGGGUUCAAGUCUGUGUUACAGAGGGAAUAAUUUCAGCGCACCUUCAGCUUCACUUUCAUUAGGUUCAAGAACAGCUGCUUCUCUUUCAGUGAAGGCGAAACCUAAGGCGCAGAUUUGUUCAGGGACGCUCCACUCUGCCUUCACACCCUCCUCUCUUUCUCUCUCUUCCGCAUCUUCCUUCUCAGGUUUGUCAUUGGGGUUGUGUUUGAAUGGUGCGAUUGGGAGGGGAAGUGAUAAGAGGCGUGGGCUAGUGGUGAGAGCAUCCAAAUAUUUGCUGUGUCAAACCAAGAGAAACAGAUCACGAAAAUCGCUGGCUCGAACCCAUGGUUUCCGGAAGCGUAUGAGCACCACCAGUGGGAGAGCACUCAUCAAGCGCCGGCGCGCCAAAGGCCGCUGGAAGCUCUGCACCAAGACCAACCCCAGCAGCGGCAAACGAGCCUGAUCUUCAAUUAUUCCUUGCAUUUCGUUUCCAUUAGCCUAGUAACUCUGUUUUUGAAUGAUUUCAUGUGAUUGUGAAACUUGGGUUGUUAACUGCUUUUUGUGUUAGUAGAAUCUACUGGCUAUGAUACGGCGAUUCACCAUAUUUUGCAA